CGCGCGGUGGACUCCCUUCCCCUCCCUUCCCCCUCCGCCGCCGCCGCCGCCGCCGCCGUCGCCGGCCGCCGCCUCCUCCAACCCCCUCGCCCUCUCCUCUUCACCACUCCCUCGACCGAUCGCGCCAUCCUUGCUACCACCGCCCGGAGGGGGGGGGGCAUGGCCAUGGACGGCGGCGCCGCGGAGCUGCGCGAGGCGCACCGCUUGACGGGGCACACGGACCGCGUCUGGUCCCUCGCGUGGAACCCCUCCCCAGGCGCCGGCGCCGGCCCCGUCCUCGCGUCCUGCGGCGGCGACAAGGCCGUUCGGAUCUGGAAGCGCGCGGCCGACGGCGCGUGGCGAUGCUCGGAUGUGCUGGAGGACACGCACAACCGCACGGUGAGGUCGUGCGCCUGGUCCCCCGACGGGAAGCUGCUGGCCACCGCGAGCUUCGACUCCACCACGGCGAUAUGGGAGUACUCCGGCGGCGACUUCGAGUGCGUCGCCACCUUGGAGGGCCAUGAGAAUGAGGUGAAGAGCGUGUCCUGGAGCGCGUCGGGGUCGCUGCUCGCGACGUGCAGCCGGGACAAGGCAGUGUGGAUAUGGGAGAUGCAGCCAGGGAACGAGUAUGAGUGUGUCGCGGUGCUGCAAGGGCAUACGCAAGAUGUGAAGAUGGUGCAGUGGCACCCGAACCUUGAUGUCCUUGUUUCUGUCAGCUAUGACAAUUCAAUCAGGGUCUGGGCUGAUGAUGGCGACGAUGAGUGGCAUUGUGUGCAGACAUUAACUGAAGCCGAUAACUGUGGUCACUCAUCAACAGUAUGGGCAUUAUCUUUUAACCAGAAAGGUGAUAGGAUGGUCACAUGCAGUGAUGACCGUACAUUGAAAAUAUGGGACACAAGUGCUGAUUUGUCUCAACCAAAAACUGGUGACAACCAUGAAUCAUGGCGACACCUUUCUACUCUCACAGGAUAUCAUGGUCGAACCGUUUUUUCAGCCCAUUGGUCAAGCGAGGAUAUCAUAGCCAGUGGUGCAGGUGAUGAUGUGAUCUGCUUAUUUACUGAGGACAAGAGUAGUAUGACUGAGGAGCCUUCGUACAGAUUAAUAUUAAAGAAAGAGAAGGCACAUGACAUGGAUAUAAACUGUGUCCGAUGGUGUCCUCAGGACCCGAAUAUGUUGGCAUCAGCAAGCGAUGAUGGAACAGUGAAAUUGUGGGAGCUGAGAGGCAAUGCACUGGAUUGAAUUUUGUUUUGUUUAUUGUAACAUAAUGGUAGCUAUAGAUUUUCCAUGCAAGCUAUGAGCAUCUGGCAUGUGUAUACAUUAUGGAACAACGGAGGUGCGGUUAUACCAUUUUUACAAAUAAGUUGUGGAACAUUGUUACUACUAUCAUGUAGUACCAAAUACGACUAAUUUUACUUGAUUUUUGUUUUACAAUGUGACUGCCUCCUGCAUGGGCAAUUGGGCAGGCUGGUGUUAAGAAUUGUGCAUCUGACUUUGGUUGCGUCCCUUUGGUGUUAAAGA